AUGAAGACCUUGUUCUUGUUGGGCCUUAUCGCCCUUUCCGCCGUCAGUGUCUACUGUGAAGAGGAAGAGAAAACCGAGAAGAAAGAGACCAAGUAUGGAACCAUUAUCGGCAUCGAUCUCGGAACCACCUACUCGUGUGUCGGAGUUUACAAGAACGGACGCGUCGAAAUCAUUGCCAACGACCAAGGUAAACUAUUCGAAAAAUAGAACGCUAGCAAUGAUUACUUUUUUUUCAGGAAACCGUAUCACUCCAUCCUACGUUGCCUUCUCCGGAGAGCAGGGAGAGCGUCUGAUCGGAGAUGCCGCCAAGAACCAGCUCACCAUCAACCCAGAGAACACCAUCUUCGAUGCCAAGCGUCUCAUCGGAAGAGACUUCAACGACAAGACCGUCCAAGCCGACGUCAAGCUCUGGCCAUUCAAGGUGCUCGACAAGGGAAACAAGCCAUCCGUUGAGGUGAAGGUCGGAUCCGAGCAGAAGCAGUUCACCCCAGAGGAGGUCUCCGCCAUGGUUCUCGUCAAGAUGAAGGAGAUCGCCGAGUCGUACCUCGGAAAGGAAGUCAAACACGCCGUCGUCACCGUCCCAGCUUACUUCAACGACGCCCAACGUCAGGCCACCAAGGACGCCGGAACUAUCGCCGGAUUGAACGUUGUCCGUAUCAUCAACGAGCCAACCGCCGCCGCCAUUGCCUACGGACUUGACAAGAAGGACGGUUAGUUUAGGAGAAAAGGGAUGAAGGGUGCCCUAAUAUUUGUCCGUGGACUUGCCUCUUUUCGCAUUGACCGUUCUGUGCAAACAAUCGAGUUGGUCAGUGACUGGUACAGGUUCCUCUACCGAACAGUUGAUGACGAUUAGAGAGACAUCGCGUGCACAAAUAGACACAUGAGAGAUAGUUCGAGACUAGGUUUUGUUUGAAUGGGGAAAAGUACAAGAUCUGAGGGCUCAUGACUCAUAAUGUUUUUUCAGGAGAGCGCAACAUCCUCGUCUUUGAUCUUGGAGGUGGUACCUUUGAUGUGUCCAUGCUCACCAUCGACAACGGAGUCUUCGAAGUAUUGGCCACCAACGGAGACACUCACUUGGGAGGAGAAGACUUCGACCAGCGCGUCAUGGAGUACUUCAUCAAGCUGUACAAGAAGAAGUCUGGAAAGGAUCUCCGCAAGGAUAAGCGCGCCGUUCAGAAGCUCCGUCGUGAGGUCGAAAAGGCCAAGAGAGCUUUGUCCACCCAGCACCAGACCAAGGUUGAGGUCGAGUCUCUCUUCGACGGAGAGGACUUCUCUGAGACGCUCACCCGGGCCAAGUUCGAGGAGCUCAACAUGGAUCUCUUCCGCGCCACUCUCAAGCCAGUCCAGAAAGUUCUUGAGGACUCUGACCUCAAGAAGGAUGAUGUUCACGAGAUUGUUCUUGUCGGAGGAUCCACCAGAAUCCCGAAAGUCCAACAACUCAUCAAGGAGUUCUUCAACGGAAAGGAGCCAUCCCGCGGUAUCAACCCAGAUGAAGCCGUCGCUUACGGAGCCGCCGUCCAGGGAGGAGUCAUCUCCGGAGAGGAGGACACCGGAGAGAUUGUUCUUCUCGACGUCAACCCGCUUACCAUGGGUAUCGAGACUGUCGGAGGAGUCAUGACCAAGCUCAUCUCCCGUAACACCGUCAUCCCAACCAAGAAGUCCCAAGUCUUCUCCACCGCCGCCGACAACCAGCCAACCGUCACUAUCCAGGUAAUGACAGCUCUUUUACUUUCCGUUCUGACGGAUUGCCAGACGAUUAACUCAUUGUAAUCACCGUUUUACAGGUCUUCGAGGGAGAACGCCCAAUGACCAAGGACAACCACCAGCUCGGAAAGUUUGACCUUACCGGAAUCCCACCAGCACCACGCGGAGUCCCACAAAUCGAAGUCACCUUCGAGAUUGACGUCAACGGUAUCCUUCACGUUACCGCCGAGGACAAGGGAACCGGAAACAAGAACAAGAUCACCAUUACCAACGACCAGAACAGACUCAGCCCCGAAGACAUCGAGCGCAUGAUCAACGACGCCGAGAAGUUCGCUGAGGACGACAAGAAGGUCAAGGAAAAGGCCGAGGCUCGCAAUGAGCUCGAAUCUUACGCCUACAACCUGAAGAACCAAAUUGGAGACAAGGAAAAGCUCGGAGGAAAGCUUGACGAAGACGACAAGAAGACGAUCGAGGAGGCUGUCGAUGAGGCCAUCUCCUGGCUCGGAUCCAACACUGACGCUUCGGCCGAAGAGCUCAAGGAACAGAAGAAGGACCUCGAGAGCAAGGUUCAACCGAUCGUAUCGAAACUUUACAAGGAGGGAGGAGCUGGAGGAGAAGAGGCUGCGGAAGAGGGAGCUGACGAGAAGGACGAGCUGUAA